UAGUGAGCAAAACGAACAGAAAGGGACGCAUGUAUUCAUUUGCUGUGUAUCAGCAACGAUUUUGUCGCUGGCCAGGUUGCAACAUUAACCUGCACAUAAACUUCUGCUCGCCUCUGAGAAGAUCAUCCAAAUCGCAACCUACAAAUCUACAUUAUUUUAGAAAUUACUUUUCUAUGCCAUGGUAUGGGGAUCGACAUUUGUUUUGUAUACUUUAACCGAUUUUCAUCGUUUUUUCCAGAACCAACUGCUCAAUACAUUAAAGGACACACACUAAAGAGAAACCACCAAUAUACUAAUAGCAAUGUUAUAAAAGGAAUUGUCUACCAAACUCUGCUGUGUUAAACAUAUAAUUACUCAAUUAAAAAAAUAACUUGAAAGGAGUUCUAAGACAAAAGUUAUAGUAUGCGACACAAAAAAAUCAACACUGGUGAAAACCCAAGCCAGUGCCAGAACUGUGAAAAGUCUAUAAAUAAGAAAAGUAACUGUAAACAACAUGAAAGGAUCCAAAAUGGAGAAAAACCAUUCCAAUGCCAGUAUUGUGAAAAGCGUUUUAGCGAGAAAAGUACAUCUAAACAAUGUGAAAGGAUCCACACUGGAGUAAAGGCAUUCAAAUGCCAGUAUUGUAAAAGGAGUUUCGGAGUAAGAAGUAAUUGUAUACGACAUGAAAGGACCCACACUGGAGAAAAAUCAUUCAAAUGCCAGUAUUGUGAAAAGAGUUUUAGAGCAAAAGAUAACUGUAAACGCCAUGAAAUGAGACACGCAGGAGAAAAACCAUUUAAAUGCCAGUAUUGUGAAAAGAGUUUUUAUGAGAAAAAUAAUUGUAAACAACAUGAAAGGACCCACACUGGCGAAAAACCAUUUAAAUGCCAGUAUUGUGAAAAAUUUUUUAAUAAGAAACAAACCUGUAAACAACAUGAAAGGAUCCACACUGGAGAAAAACAGCAGAAAAGAACUCCCUCUCAUAUUGGAGAAAAACCACAUUCAAAAACUUACACUGGAGAAAACGCAUUCAAAUGCCAGUAUUGUGUAAAGAGUUUUACUAUUAAAAGCAGUUGGUCACGCCAUGAAAUGAUCCACACUGGAGAAAAACCAUUCACGUGCCAAUAUUGUGGAAGGAGUUUUAUUGAUAAAAAGAAGUGUAUUCUACAUGAAAGGACUCACACAGGAGAAAAACCAUUCAAAUGCCAGUAUUGUGAAAAGUGUUUUAUUGAGAAAAAUUCAUGUAUUCUACAUGAGAGGACUCACACAGGAGAAAAAACAUUUAAAUGUCAGUAUUGUGAUAAGAGUUUUAUUGAGAAAAGGUCGUUUAUUCGACAUGAAAGGACUCACACUGGAGAAAAACCAUUCAAAUGCCAGUAUUGUGAUAAGAGUUUUAUUGACAAAAACACCUGUAUUCAACAUGAAAGGACUCACACUGGAGAAAAACCAUUCAAAUGUCGGUAUUGUUUUAAGAGGUUUAACGACAAAAGAAACUGCAAACAACAUGAAAUAACCCACACUGGAGAAAAACCAUUCAAAUGCCAUUAUUGUCAAAAGGCUUUUAAUAACAAAAAUUACUGUAAAAAACAUGAAAGGAUCCACACUGGAGAAAAACAGCUGAAAAGAACUCACAGUGGAGAAAACUCAUUCCAAUGCCAGUAUUGUGGAAAGAGUUUUACUGAAAAAAAUAAGUGUAUGCUACAUGAAAAAACUCAUACUGGUGAAAAACCAUAUAAAUGCCAGUAUUGUAAAAGAGGUUUCAGAGGAAAAUCUCAUUGUACACAACAUGAAAUGACUCACACUGGUGAAAAACCAUUUAAAUGCAAGUAUUGUGAAAAAAAAUUUGGAGUAAAAAGUAACUGUAUAAGACACGAAAAGACCCACACUGGAGAAAAAUCAUUCAAAUGCAAGUAUUGUGAAAAGAGUUUUAGAGCAAAAUAUAACUGUAAACGCCAUGAAAUGAGGCACGCAGGAGAAAAAACAUUUAAAUGCCAGUAUUGUAAAAACAGUUCUUUUGAGAAAAGUGCAUGUAUAGAACAUGAAAGGACCCACACUGGAGAAAAACCAUUCCAAUGCCAAUUUUGUUCAAAGUCUUUUAUUAAGAAAAGUAACUGUAAACAGCAUGAAAGGAUUCACACUGGAGAAAAACAGCAUGAGAGAACUUUAUUGGAAAAGACUAAUUAAAGGGAUAGCAACUGUUCAUUUUAGCCAAAAAAUGGAUUUUCCCAGGGCAGACCUAC